AUGGGCUCCGCGGGCACCCGGCCCGCUCUGGCGGCCGCUCUCCUCUGCCUGGCCCGCCUGGCUCUGGGCUCGCCCUGCCCCACCGUGUGCCAGUGCCCGGCGGCCGCGCCGCAGUGCGCCCCGGGCGUGGGGCUGGUGCCGGACGGCUGCGGCUGCUGCAAGGUCUGCGCCAAGCAGCUGAACGAGGACUGCAGCCGAUCGCAACCCUGCGACCACACCAAGGGGCUGGAGUGCAACUUCGGGGCCAGCCCCGCCGCCCUGAAGGGCAUCUGCCGAGCACAGUCUGAGGGAAGACCGUGUGAAUAUAACUCCAAAAUCUACCAGAACGGAGAGAGCUUCCAGCCGAACUGUAAACACCAGUGUACGUGCAUAGAUGGAGCUGUGGGCUGCAUCCCGCUCUGCCCGCAGGAGCUCUCUCUUCCCAACCUCGGCUGCUCCAGCCCCAGGCUGGUCAAAGUCCCCGGGCAGUGCUGUGAGGAGUGGGUCUGCGACGAAAGCAAGGAUGCACUAGAGGAGCUGGAAAGCUUUUUCAGCAAAGAGUUUGGUCCGGAUGACUCCGAAGGCGAACUAACCAGGAACAAUGAGCUGAUUGCCAUUGUGAAGGGAGGCCUGAAAAUGCUACCCGUUUUUGGAUCCGAGCCACAAAGCCGAACUUUUGAGAAUCCCAAAUGCAUCGUGCAAACAACUUCUUGGUCCCAGUGCUCAAAGACUUGUGGAACUGGCAUCUCCACAAGGGUGACAAAUGACAAUCCCGACUGCAAGCUCAUCAAAGAGACCAGGAUAUGUGAAGUGAGGCCAUGUGGCCAGCCCAGCUAUGCCUCCCUAAAGAAGGGGAAGAAAUGUACCAAGACAAGGAAGUCGCCCUCCCCGGUGAAGUUUAAUUAUGCUGGAUGUUCCAGUGUGAAGAAGUACCGUCCCAAGUACUGUGGAUCCUGCGUGGAUGGCAGGUGCUGUACACCCCAGCAGAGCAGGACUGUCAAGGUCAGGUUCCGCUGUGAUGAUGGGGAAACCUUCACCAAGAGCGUCAUGAUGAUCCAGUCCUGCCGAUGCAACUACAACUGUCCACAUGCAAACGAAGCCUAUCCCUACUACAGACUAGUCAACGACAUUCAUAAAUUUAGGGACUGA